AUGAUCGCUCUCGCUAUCUUCGAUUUUGACGGCACACUCUUCGAUACACAUGAAUCUAUAUCCAAAGCAAUCAAACUUACCUUCGAUGCCCUCCUCCCCACCAAUGCCCCUCCCCAAUCCGAAAUUCGCCGUCUCAUCGCCACAGGUGCUGGCCUAGCAGAUACCUUCAGAGCUCUACAUCCCUCGCCUACUGAAUUUACUCCGAUCGUUGAGAACGAGUGGGUUGAAAAAUACCGCGCCCUCUAUGCCACCCAUGGCCAGCUCCUUAUCAAGGCAUUCCCAGGCGCCAAGGAUCUCUUGAGCGAGCUCAAUGCCCGGAAUAUCCCCGUCUCCAUUGUGAGUAACAAGGGUGUAGCAGCCGUGAAAACGGCUCUGGAACGGAAUGGUCUGGAUGGCUAUGUACCCGAAGAUCUCAUCAUCGGGGAUAAGACUCCCGGCGCGAAGCGUAAGCCGGAUCCUGCUAGCUUCGUGGACGUCCUCAUGCCCAUCUUGCGCGAGAGAUAUGGUAUGGGGACCAUUGACUCGGAGAAGGUGCUGGUGGUGGGUGAUACCGUGGCGGACUUGCAAUUCGCCCGAAACAUCGGUAGCAGGGUGUGUUGGUGUCGGUACGGGUACGGAGAUCGGAAGGCUUGCCAAGUACUGGGCCCAGAUUUUGUCAUUGACUCUUUGGGGGAGAUUGUGGGGAUCGUGCAGGCCUGA